AUGAGCGCAGAAGAACUAAAGAAUGGGACCGGCGUUAGCGCAGCUGACGCUGAGCAGUAUGACUAUACUUCACAGACCGAGAGUGAUGUCGACCCGAAGAUUCGAUUUCCUUGCGUAGAUGAGAGGAAGCUUAUGUUCAAGGUAGACAUGCACGUUGUACCGAUUCUGUGUAUUAUGUACCUCAUGGCUUUCCUUGACCGAGUCAAUAUCUCCAAUGCAGCUCUAUUCGGUCUCGAGACGGAUCUCAAGCUCGUAGGAACUCAGUUUAACACUGCCCUCGUCAUCUUCUUCGUUCCAUACGUUGUUUUCGAUAUUCCCUCGAAUAUCUUAUUAAAGCGUUUCAAACCACAUGUUUGGCUUUCCGUGUGCAUGUUCCUUUUUGGUCUUUUCGCCAUCUGUCAAGGGUUAGUUCAUACCUAUAGCGGAUUGCUGGCGUGUCGGUUCUUCUUGGGCGUGGCUGAGGCGGGAAUUUUCCCUGGAUGCUUUUACCUUUUGGCGAUGUGGUAUAAGCGCUCAGAGGCGCAAAAGAGAUUCAGUUUCUUUUUCUGUUCAACGACAUUGGCGGGUGCAUUUGGUGGAUUGCUCGCUACUGCGAUUGGAAAAAUGGAUGGCUUACGCGGGUAUCGUGGGUGGCGAUGGAUCUUCAUUCUAGAGGGGGUUGGAACCUGUGUUAUCUCCCUCCUGCUCUUUUUUGCUAUUGCGGACUUCCCAGAGGAAGUACAAUGGUUGACGAAUGAUGAAAAGGAGUACAUUGAAGCACGCCUACAUGCAGACGUCGGACAGUCGAGAAGACACGACAAGCUGACUUGGAAAAGUGGCUUGGCAAUUUUCAAAGAUUAUAAAAUCAUAGCGGGUGGAUUCAUGUACCUUGGGCUUAUUGUACCCGCAUAUGGCUAUACUUAUUUCGCACCCUCAAUUAUUGAGUCGCUCGGGUACAGUGCAAUCCACACGCAGCUGCUUUCCGUUCCUCCUUGGGCAUGCAGCUUCGUAUUCGCUAUGCUCAUCGCGACCGUGUCUGAUCAUAUCCACCAUCGAUUCGCUUUCGUAGUCGUCCCUUCAUUGAUCAGCCUUUCUGGCUUUAUUGUUCUGCUUCGGGUGCACGACAAGCCACACGUUCAGUAUGGUGCACUGUUCCUUGCGGCAAUAGGCGCAUUCACGGCAAUGGGGGUCAUGAUUUGCUGGUUCCACACAAAUCUUGCUGGCCACCAGAGACGUGCUGUGGGUUCAGCCUGGCAAAUCGGUUUUGGGAACAUCGGUGGUAUUAUUGCCGUGUACUCUUUCCUCGCGAAGGAUGCGCCGAAGUACCUUCUGGGAUACAGGGUCUGCAUCUCGUUCACCUGUCUCUCAAUUUUUGCCGACAUCGUUUACUUCUUCGGUGUCCUCCACGAGAACCGAAAGCGGGAUCGUGCGGACACUGCGAUCUCAGAGGACGAGAAGGCCACGAUGGGUGAUCUGAACCCCGACUAUAGAUAUGUACUGUGA